ACACCGGAGGCUGUUCGGGGAGCGUCAUCAGUCCUGCAACGAGAUGUCACACACGUCCUGUUCAUACUAGCAUCUUUCACAUCUUCUAUCUUACUGAGGAAACAGCACGUUACAGAGGGAGACGCGGUUUUCUAAGCGUUGAUAUUGUAUCUUUCAGAGGGACCUAAACAGUGGAUACGUGGACAUGGUAAAGUGCACUGUGAUGUGUCUGAUAGGCUCGCAUGUGUCGUGUGCCAGUUCUGUCCAAGAUCGGUUGCAAUAGAUGCUUGCUUAUGAAAGACUUUAAUAUCAUCUUCACCAAUGCUUCAUCUUAUUGACAGCGACGACGUGCUUAUGCGCAGCGAUGUCAUCUUUGUAACCAACGAACAGUUGGUGUUUUGAAAAUUUUCUCUAUGCUGGCUUCAUUGCUUCAUCUGAAGAUUUGGUUGAAUGGAAGAGGAUGAGAAAUAAUGACUGACAACUGAAGCACUACCUCUUUUACCAUCUUAAUUUUGGACCGCUACAGGUUUUCGCGUUGAUCAUACACACAAGUGGUGAAUAUUUUUAAAACUUCUUGAUAUUUUUGAGAAGACUUUCAAGAAGACUUUCAAGGGACUUGGAGCAUCCUUCGGUUUUACAACUCCUUUCUUCUCUCUUUUGAAAGAGAUAAAGUAGGAACUGACUCUAGUUGUGGUCACCACGGCAGUAACUGUGGGAGCAGAUCCAAAGACGAUGGUCCACUGUGCGGGCUGCGAGAGGCCUAUAUUGGACAGGUUUCUCCUGAAUGUUCUGGACAGAGCAUGGCACAUUAAGUGCGUACAAUGCUGCGAGUGCAAAUGUAACCUAACAGAGAAAUGCUUCUCUCGAGAAGGGAAACUAUAUUGCAAAAACGACUUCUUCAGGCGCUUUGGAACAAAAUGCGCUGGUUGUGCUCAGGGGAUCUCGCCGAAUGACUUGGUCCGGAGGGCACGCAGCAAAGUGUUUCAUCUGAACUGCUUCACGUGCAUGAUGUGUAACAAGCAACUAUCCACAGGGGAGGAAUUGUACAUCAUAGACGAAAAUAAAUUUGUCUGUAAAGACGAUUAUUUAAGCAGCACAAACGGAAAAGACACCAAUCUUCUAUCAGUUACAGCUUGCAGUGAUCCUAGUUUAUCGCCAGAUUCUCAAGACCAGCUACAGGACGAUGUCAAGGACGCAGAAAUCGCUAACCUAUCGGACAAAGAAACCGGUAAUAAUGAAAACGAUGACCAGAAUCUCGGAGGGAAACGAAGAGGACCGCGUACCACCAUUAAAGCAAAACAACUGGAGACAUUGAAAGCGGCAUUCGCGGCAACCCCCAAACCAACGAGACACAUAAGGGAGCAACUGGCGCAGGAGACGGGACUCAACAUGCGAGUUAUUCAGGUAUGGUUUCAGAACCGGCGGUCCAAAGAACGGCGCAUGAAACAGCUGAGCGCGCUCGGCGCGAGGAGACACGCCUUCUUUCGCAGUCCGAGAAGAAUGCGAACACUGGUGGACAGACUCGAACCUGGAGAGUUAAUCCCAAAUGGCCCGUUUUCAUAUUAUGGAGAUUAUCAGAGCGAGUACUAUGGUCCAGGAGGGAAUUAUGACUACUUUCCCCAAGGCCCACCAUCUUCACAGGCCCAAACUCCCGUAGACCUCCCCUUUGUCCCGUCAUCAGGACCCACUGGCACCCCACUAGGGGGCAUGGAACAUCCUAUCCCUGGCCACCAUCCAUCUAGUGAAGUACAGCGCUUUUCAGAUAUCAUGUCUCACCACCCAGGUGACUCGCCCAGUCCGGAGCCAGGGAUACCAGGACCCCUGCACAUGUCUUCAGAUGUUUUUGGACCCAGUCCCUCCUUCACAUCCCUCUCUCUCAACGGCAGCGGAUACAGCAACCACCUCUCUCACCCUCCGUCAGAAAUGAACGAGGGCACAGUCUGGUAGCUUCUGUGAACGGACAUUUUGGUAGACAGAAAUUAUGAUAAACAGAGGAGGGAGGAACAGGGACACAAAUGGUUAUCAUUUUUGUUCAGUUUUUUUUCUUUUCAUGUCUUGUCAAGUACAAAGAACAGCAGAAGGCAGCAUGGCCAUUGACAUUUCUCUUCAUGAACUUAUUGUGUUGAUGUUCCGUUUCCUUCGUUUUCUUAUCCCUCUGAAUUAAAGUCAGUACUCAAGAAGAGAAAGAAAUGAUACUGAUACUGUUGACCCAGUCGCUGUAUGAACUCUGCUAUGAGGCUUAGCACAGCAGUGUCCCUCCAUAGGCUCAAUACAUACCGCUGGUUAAAUCGUCACUCUAAAAACAGUGAUUGUAACACAUUAACAGCGUUAGCUACUGUCAGAGACUUGUCAGCUUUACAGAGAAUCACCCAAGGCGGCUGAUCUAACACUAACCUGCAACGUUGACUCCAGGAAAGAUCUAAGCCGUCAGACUAAUUUAUUUAUUUGAAAACUCCUCAGACCUCCUUGCCUUUCAAGGCUCUGCCAUACUGACACUUAAACAACCUUUUCAACACUAAAUAUGUUUCUGAAGGCCAGGGAGAAAAAGCUUUUUUUCUUGUUCUGGACAUUCUUUUUUUCCCAAGAAUUCCACCAAAUCCGAAGAAGUUAGCCUUCAAAAGGCAAAUGUUACAAUUCGUAUGGAUGGUGAACCCUUUAUUUAAUGGAAGAGAACUUGAAACGUUGAUAAAUGAAGUCUACCUUCUAAAAUUAUUUUAACAAGGGUCUGAAAGGGGCAUAGAACAGUCAACUGUUUACGUAAUAUAUUUAAUUCAGGAGUAAAAGUAUCAACCAUGAUUUAGAACCUCUUGAUCCAGAAGAAAAUGUUCCAAGCAACCAACCAAACUUUUGUAUUAAUUUUAUUUAUAUUGUAUGAUGAAAAACAAGUUUGCUGGGGUUGUGGUUCACUGUGCUAGUUUGUACAAAAUGUUGUUUACAAAAAAUGGAAAAAAGGAAAAAAAUACAAGUAGACAGUUGCCAAAUAAAAACAUAGCACAAAUACUGUAAAAGUGCUUUGCACCAUUAUCCGCAGAACGUGUUGAAACAAAGUGUAAGUGUUUAAAAAACAAUAAGAAGUAUUUACUUCUUAAUUUUUUUAGUCUGCUGAAAAAAGAUUCACAAAUUGUUAAUAUAACAUACUUAGACCUACAAGUUUUAUUUUUGUGUCUUUAAAGGAAAAUUCAAACUAUUGAAAUUGAUGGUCAAAUGUGCAGCGAGCAGCUGCUACUUUCUUUAAAUAUCAAAUUCUCAUGGUAUGUCUUUUAUUGUUCUAAUAAACCUAAGCUUACGUGACCUCCAGUGCAUAUUAGACCAUUCACUGUAUAAAUAUAACAUGUUGAACAAAUUUGUGAGUUUUUAAUAAAAUUAGAAAAUAUAAUAUUUGGAUGAUAGGUGCUCUUCCUUGGACUAGCUGAAAUUGAUGUUAUAAAUACAAGAAAAACAUGGGAUUUUACAUGUCUCGAGAUGUUCUGUUUAGCAUUGUGGUUAGAUUGAAAGAAAUAUUUACCACUGCCUCGCGAGUGUGCCACUCUUGCUUAAAAAUGUAUAGAAGAUUGUAUUGGCUGCUAGCUAUUCCUACAACAUUUUUGUAAAAUCCAGUUCGCUGUCCUUUUAGUAUGGCUAAACUACUAGAAUGAUAUGGAAAUAUUUACAAAAAUUCUUCUCUGAGAGUUCAAGAUGAAGUUAAAUCGCACCUUUGUGUUAGCGUUAUAUAUACUUAGAUUAUUGUUGCUUUUCAUGUUUUACACUUUUAGUAUGCUGUGGGAAUUUUGGCCUCUGAUGAUAGUAGGAUUUGACUUUAGCGCAAGCCGGGUUAGAAGUCAUGUAAUAUUAAUGACUAUUUAUGAUCAUUAUGUACAUUUAUGUACAACUGAUAUAUCUUUUUAGAAAAAAUAUAAGUAAAAAUCUUUCAAAGAAAAGAAAAAUGACAUUCUUUAAAAAAUAUCGUAGUUUCAGUGAAAAUCAAGUUGCCUGGCCAAAAUAAUAUUUUUUGCCCAAAGCUAAGCUUUUCUAAAUGAUUUAAUGGCAAACAGAAUUUAACUGGCGACAUCAGAUAUGCAGAGCAACACCACGCCAUCUGAGACAAUAGCUAGAAUUUCUGAAGAGACAAACCAAUCACUGAACUGAUCUCAUAUCAUAUCUCAAUUCAAAGAUGACAAAACAGUCAAAUGAGAUUUAGCGAUUCAAAUCUCUUUGGGGAACGUGUAUGUGUGAGAAGAGGAUGCUUCACAGGUACAGAGGCAGGCAAAACGGGCAUCAAAUUGAGCCAGCUAUCUGCGGGAAAGGCCUUUAUCUCAUUGCAGUGUGUGGUUUUAGCGUGAAGGAGCCCGAAGUGCCCCUGUUGCACCCAGCACAUAAUCCACUAUGAAUUAAUCAUGGUCCUGAGAGUUAAACAGGCCUGGGGGCCCUCCUGAGCCCGAGGCUUAACCACAAUGCUGACUCCACUCUGUCACCCAGGAGGCCAAAGCUCUUUAAAUUCAAAUCUCUUAUUGAUUGAACAUUGACUAUUGGUUCGGACUGACCUUGUCAAUACAUUAAAUAUACAUGUUUUAUGUUUUUAUAAAUACAGUUUUUCACAGGAUUUAAAUGCAGGCAUGCAUCCCUUCAAUGUCAAAGUUUGUUUUUGGCGUGGAUGGGUGGUGGUAUCUUUAUGCUUUUAUUUAUUCCCAAGUUUUUCAACUUGCCAUAUUAAAACAAUCUUGUAAAAACCUACUGGCAAAGUGAAAACCUAAGAACUCUACUGCACUCAAUCAGCGCUUGCAAUGACCCUAACACUUGUGCUAUUGCUUUUAUUACAUGUAACAAAAAUCAAAGAUAUUUUAAAAACCAUUACUCAUUUUCAUUCUGACAAAAGAAGAAACUAACUUAAAUUUAAAACUUUAAAAUGUAAUGUUAUUUUAUCAUACGAUGUCCAGUGAAAACUAAGGCGAGAUCUUAAUUGCUGUCUAUAAUUUUCUUGAGCACACACCAACAAGACGUCUUUUGUCUUUACAGUCAAUGUGUACUGAAGUCAAUACAAUGCACAGUUCUUAUUUAAUUUUUUUACUGUUCCAAGGUAAUAUUCAGAUAUUCAAGAAAAGGUGUCCCCUAUUAUAGAUCUUGGAAUUAGUAGUCGAAUAUUUUUUUGUUGUAGAGGAAAUUCUAAGAAAUCAUGUAUUAAAAAUAGAGUAGAGACAUAUAAUUUUGCUAAGAACACAAAGGACAUUUUGCAGAUUUAAACACUAACAUAAUUUUGUUGAGCGUUUCUACUCAGGAUAACAUGACAGAAUAUACUAGAUAAUGAUCAGAAUGUUGAAUAUAAUCUGAUAUCUUUUGCAAUAUGAUUUCUCCAUAUCAAAUAAAUGAGGAAAGAUAAAGACUAAUGGGAUUACAACGAUUUUACCUGCAAACCAUAUAAAUUUAUCAUAGCAUAGCAAAUUAUAUUUGUAAGGUUAUACGCAUGGCCUUUUCCAUUGAGUGUAUGUGUUUUUAGUUAGUUUUAUUUUAUUUGUUGUUUAUCUGUUUAUUUGUCCUAUGUUUUGCCAUUUGAUAGCCAUUUAAACGUGCAAUUACGCACUGAAAACCAAUUGGGGUCAUAUUAAACACUUAGGUCCUGAUAACGACAGUAUUUUUAGUAUUUCUUUAGCUAUACACACACACCCAGCACAUGACAGAUGUGCUUUAUCCCAUUAGAAGAUGGACAUUGAUCUUUUAUUUUGUGUUUUAUUGCACACAAAAUAUUAAUAUAUUGCGAUUGCUAAAGUGGACCUUAACUUAUAUUGUACAUUUACAUUGCUUUUGUCUGAUUUGUUUGUCUGUAAUUGCUCAUUUGUUCUUUUUAUGAUACACAAU